UCGCCUUGGCUUUCGGAACUGUGGUCUUCCCCGUGCGCGUGUCGGUCCGAAUCAGGAGGUGUGGAGAGGUGGUGGACACCAGAAGCAUGACCCAAGAGAUUUCGCUUCCUCCCAAAAUACCCAAUUAGUCUGCUCCAGUCGCUCCGGCCGUGAGCAUGCUUUUCUGAGUGCCCCUCCGCAGUGCCGAGCUGCGUCGCAAGUCUCAAGUGGAUAACAGGUUUUUCCUCUUCUCAAGUGCUUCUGUGCUCCCCACAAAGAAGUGUGGAAGAAUAGCUCGUUGUACAUUUUGGAUAGAGAGACAAAUAUUCCGCAUUUCAACCACAAGCACAGCCAUUUAGAGACACUCGUGAAAUUCGCACUGGAGAUCGCUAUGAACUCACUGUGGUGCUUUGCUAUCUUCCUCACUGCCGCCACAUCAAGUUCAUCUGGCCAGGAAGUGCCCAGCACGCCGUGUCCCUCCACAUUUCGCUACCAGUUCGAUGGCGGCUCCGGCGAGUGGAUCGGCAUCGGCAGAAUCGCCAACCCGCCCGUCGGCGAGGACAUCAUGCUGUUCGUCACGCUGUCCGUGGGCACGCAGCUCACGUCCUCCUACGUGGGCGAGGUGAAGAUCCUGGGCCAGCCCAGCGAGAUCGCCAAUCGGAUAUACAGCAACCAGCCGCUGAACUUCGAGGUGCGCUUCCCCAUCCAGAAUCCCUUGCCCGAGGUGUCCUCGAUCACGGUGAACGAGAAUGUGAUCUGCCGAGCGGAAUACACCACACAGUACGAGUUCACGACGAAGAUCCGACUGCAGUACACCUUCAAGCCACAAGGAGGACCGGUGCACCUGAGCCAGACUCGUCCCAGCUACAGCCAAAACCAACAGCCCAACUACAACCAAAACCAGGCGGGCAUCAAUGCGGGCCUAGAUCUCGGCGGUCUAGACUUCGGAUUGGGCAGUCAGCUGCCCUUCUCAGACGUCUCGCUGGGUCCUUUCCAGCUUGGCGGAGACAAUUCCCAAUUCUCCUCACCGGAAGUGCAGCAGCCGCCGCAGCAGCAACACCAUCACCAUCAACAGGCGCCGCAGCCGAUUCCUCAGCCACAGCCAAGACCCACACGACCGACACAGCCUCCACAGAGGCCACGACCUCAAAACACACCGUCGUCCAUUGAUAACAAAGACAGUGGCAGUUCUUCGGUCGUGUGCGGGAAACCAGAUCCUCUGGCCACGUUCACGCCGCUCAUUGUGGGCGGAACGGCGCUCCAGCGAGGAACCUGGCCCUGGCUCGUGGCUGUGCACGUGUACAAGGAGCACACGCUGGCCUUCCAGUGCGGUGCCACGCUGAUUUCCCAAAAAGUGGUCAUUGGAGCGGCGCACUGCUUCGCCGACCGCAAUGGCCAGAAGCUGAAGACGGAGAACGUCGUCCUCAUCCUCGGGCAGUACAAUCUCAAGAGGCCCCAGGAAGAAGGCUCGCAAAUCGUCUAUCCGGAGAGCAUCAACAACCAUCCGCAGUACAUGAGCGCCCACAAGAUCGACUCGGACAUCUCGGUGGUGGUGAUCGCGCGCCAGGUGGAGUUCACGCAGUUCAUCCGGCCCGUGUGCCUGUGGAGCGGGCCGCAGACGCAGGACGCGAUCGUGGGGCGCGUGGGCGUGGUGGUGGGCUGGGGCCGCGACGAGCACGGCAACGUGAACACGCCGGAGCCCAAGAAGGCCGAGGUGCCCGUGGUGUCGGACGCCACGUGCCUGCGCAGCAACGAGGCCUUCUCCAAGAUCACCACGGACCGCACCUUCUGCGGCGGCUGGCGGAACGGCUCCGAGGGCCCGUGCAACGGCGACUCCGGCGGAGGGCUGAUCUUCGAUGUGAACGGGCGCUGGACGCUGCGCGGCAUCGUGUCGGCCUCCCUCUCGGACAUGCUCACCAGCUCGUGCAAUCUCAAGGAAUACGUGGUGUUCACGGAUGUGGCCAAAUACUCAGAUUGGAUCAGGUCGUUCUUAUAGCGGCCGCGGCCAUCCUCAAGUCACGUCGAUACAAAGACAAUCUCUUAGAAGGAAUAAAUUUUUUUUUGAUUAAGUAUUAAACUCUCUGCGAGUGUUUUGGGAUCAUCUCUCUUGACACGAUUGACGCGCGCUGUUUGCAAAAACCUCAAUU